AUGUCUUCCCACGUCCUCAGCAGCCGCGACGUCAACGCGCAAAUCAAGCCUGCCGCGCCUUCUGAGCCCAAGAGCAUGGAGUACCACCGCCAGGUGCUUGAGUCACGUAUGAAGGACGAGCAAGCACAGAAGUACGUCUCUCCGUCCGAUGAGAUCCAGUCGCCGGCCACCCAGAAGCUCAGCAACUUCCGCAACAAGAACAUGAUGAAGAAGUCAAAGCCACAGACGCUCUUCCAGAAGACAAGCACAAAGAGCUUCGAGGCGGCCAAGGGCCAGCCCAUGUUCGCCGACAUCCCCAAGAAGGCCGACCAGACGACCAACGAGGCAUAG